AGUCGAGCCCUGCAAAUGUGUUUCCAUCCUCCCGUUGGCACAACCAGAGAUGACGCCCAUCUCAGCAAUCCCUCUCCUCGGUGCUUUGCGCAUCUUUGCCUCUCCCUGCGCCUCAAUACAGUCUGAGUGGACCGAUCUAUUGCCUUGGGUCACCGUCAAAGACUUGUCAACUCAGGUUAUACUUGUUUCACUGCUUUUGUUUCGUUGCUCUAUAUCGCUGGUGCAGGCGUUGCCCGCUGCAUAUUCUUCAGUCGUUGUCUGCAUGACUUGUUGUCUCUUUGCUCCGAUCGCCGAUACAAACAUCAAUCUCUCCUGACCCGGCGUUUGCGAACCUCACUGAGCCUACCAUACUCGCUGCAGGGAGACCUCUCCGCGGCUACUCAGGCGCUUCGCUGCUUUUCCCCUUUGCCAUAUCCCUCAGUCGCUACUGUUCAUUCACUCUGACCUCACUAACCAGCGACUCCUACCUAAGUCCUGUAUCCAACGACCUCGAUCAUAUUUGGACAUCGCGGGUAACAUGAUCGAUACCCACGGCGAGUAAUAGACACACACGCUGCAACUGCUGGCCCGGACGCUGUCCAAAGUCGUUGCUCGACCGAUAUACUCGUCGAGAUCACUGCAUAGCUUGUCCUCAAUAUGUCGGCCGCUGUCGGCAUUUCCCGGCAGCGUUCUGUCUCAAGCAAGGCCAAAGGAAUCAGCCUGCCUUCGAACCCACGCGCAAGACAACCUCUCGAAGACUCGACCUUUGAACCAUUGGCCUGCACCGCUUCCUUGGUCUUGUAUGCGCAGGGUUCUACCGUGGUCUGCCUUCAACAUCAUUCCCUGGCCGUUGAAAGACGAUUUCAAAAGCACUCCAAGGACGUCAUUUUGAUCUCUGCCGACAAUGUCAGCGAGACGGGGGCUGGUCGACUGGUCGUGACCUAUGACAUUGGGCAAACCGCCAUCAUCUGGGAUUUGUUUACUGGAGAACAACUGUCGAGGUUUGUUUCGUAUGAGUCUCUUCGCGUGGCGCAUUGGAUGAGAAAUGGAAAUAUUGCAUUUGGAAACGCAAAAGGCGAGGUUAUCCUCUUUGAACCGUCAUCGAGCGAGCAUAUAUCCGCUCGAACCAUUUUCGAUCCCAUAACUGCUAUUGCGCCCUCCUACGACUGUAAAACAUAUGCUAUCGGAUACAACAAUGGCUCUAUAUUGCUUGCAGCGUUGCAACCGUCCUUCACCAUUCUUCAUACGCUGACCACAUCACGAGCACCCUCACCAAUUGUUUCGCUGACAUGGCACGCGUCUUCCUCAAAGCAAAAAUCCGACAUGCUUGCAACCCAAACAGCAGAUGGUGACUUGAGAGUCUGGAGUGUGUCUAAACCUCCGACCGCGGAAGCCCCGCGAGUGAUUCGUGUUUUGAAACGCUCCGACACCUACGCACUGGGUCGUAAUUGGAUCUCUUGGUCCAAGAAUGGUCGCAUCCUUCAAUUUUCAGAGGGAAAGACCUGGGCCUGGGAUGUCCGAACCAAGCACGUCACGUAUGAGCCUGUCCCUACAAUCGAUGGCGUUCGAGGUGUGACUGCCCAUGGGCCCACUGGCACACUUUUUACCUUGGGCCCUGACUACACUGUCCAACAAUAUGAUGUCGAAAGGUCCCAGAUGGUUCAAAAUGUGCGUCAUAUGCCCCUCACGAUCCCUCCAACGCCGCCAGAAGAUUCGAGGCAACUGUGGACGACAACAUCAGAGAGUGAAGAAGAAGUAGCAUCUCCACUCGCGCGUGCGAGAAGAGACCUACGCACCAACGAGGCCAUGAGAGGGGGUAAUAAUACUUUUCCCACUCCUGACUCGGCCACCACUCCACAGAGUUCUGCCAUGAAAGCUGCCCAUGACGUCGCAUCACCCGCAGGUCGAACCGAAUAUACCACGACUUCAUUCGACACUGGCAUACAGUCGCAUCAGACAUACAUUCCACAGGCACAGGUCCCACAACAAUAUCAACCACAGUCACCAAUCGGAGGCCGAACGACACGCAAGGCUUCUCGUCUGAGGCAGGAGGUUGUGAUGACACCUGAAGAACAACCGGAGCAGUUUGUGGACCUAUUCCCCCACACCCGAGCACGACUGCACCAUGUUACCUACAAACCGCCGCGUGCUCAAGACGAUGUGCACAUGACUCCCGAUGAUUUGCGCUUGCAGAUGCUGAACGUUGUUUUCGGUUGGGAUGGCGACAUCGAUGAACUGAUCUUGCAUGAAUAUCAAAACCACCCUCCAGACAGUCAAAACGCAGUACUGCUUUCAAGAUGGCUCACACAGGACUCCGACCGACUCGCUGAAGUCCUUGGCUCAAUGGGCAAUAAUUCACAAUUCGACUGGAUGUUGCUAGCCCUCGGUACAAUCAGCAAUCAUGUGAAUUCCAAUAAGAUCGUCCAGGUUUUCGUCGAGAAGCUGCUAACCAAGGGGGAAAUCCAUGCUGCCGCCACACUGAUGCUUGCUCUGGGGGAUACAAGUGAUGCAAUCGAGGUCUAUGUGUCAAGAAGUCAGUAUAUGGAAGCCGUACUCCUCACCUGUCUUCUGUCUCCCGAUGAUUGGCAGCGACAAUCUUUCCUCGUACGGAAAUGGGGCGAGUACGUGGUCGAAAACUCUCAGCAGUCACUUGCGAUUCGGUGCUUUUCUUGCACUGGUGUCGAGCCCUCGGAUCCAUGGACAUCACCCCAGGCUCAAAAGGCAACAGGCACCAUAUUGGAGGUUGUCUCUCCUCCCGUCAUGCCUCAGGAGCCUGUUCACAAGGUGCAACCCCUGGAACCCACUGAACUACCUGCCAUUUAUAUCAAGACUCUGGAGAGACGCCGCACACUGGACGCUCCCACCCCUGUAGCAAUGCCGCCGCCGCAUGCACAUGCCAUGCCAGUUCCACCGACCCCUUUCAGAAACGCUGCCGCUAAGGGGACGCGCAUCACACCUCAGACCUCUGCUCUGAAACUCAUUACUUCGUUCGGAACACAAUCCAAUGUACAGUUCAAAUUUCCCGGUCUCAAGCCUCAAGAUCGUACCCCGACCGUCGCGGCGGCUGUCACACCUAUCGCCGAAUCUGCAGUGGGUGGCUCUGCCCUGUCGCCCGGUGGUUUGGGAUCUUAUCGUCUCAACAAUAUUCGUAGCAUCAAUAGUGCACUUUCAGCAAAACCGACCAACCCCAGUGCUUUCCUGCCAAAUAGGCUGCCAGCUAUCGGAGAAACGCCACUUGAUGUCGAAAGUCCACAAUUUCCGGACUCCGUGCCGCUCAGAUCUGCCUCGGUUCCCGUUGAGAUGCUGACAUCGAGCAAAAAGACUGAUAGUUCGCUGGCACAAGAGACAUUGGCGAGAGGCAGACAAGGGCUCACGGUCCUAACAUCGGCACGUUAUGAGCCAUUACAGACUCCUGUAAAGGAAACGCCUCAAACAGCAGUCGGGCCAUCGACCAUACUGAGAUUCCCCGCCACGAAAGACAAUAUUCAAGAUGAUGGUCUGGAGCACUCCCAUUCAAAGUCAACAGCCAGAAGUAAGAGACCUGGCGGUCUGUCCAUCCAAACUGCAUCGGUCGGAGUCAAUCAGUCCGAGGAAUAUCUUCCUUCUACGAGCUACGGCGAUCCCAUCAGCAGGCCGGGGACGACCGGAUCGUUGCUCGACACAACAGCCAGCAUGACAAGCCCGCCGACGACCGGGAGAAGCUUUCAAAGCGCCAAAAGUCCCAUGCUCACAGCCCGAGGUCGGGACCAAUACAUUAGCAGUCUGGAUCAAGCACACCUCUUUUCGAACCACCCGCGAGCUCGUGGAUUCAGCAACACGAGCAGGCAGUCCAAAGACGAUACUUCCGAGCGAAAGAAGCGUGUGACCCACAGCGUUGACCCACCGGACGAACCGCGUCGCACCAUUCCUGCUGGGAAGCGAUCACCUUCCUCGCCGGUACCAAUGUCGCCAGAGGAUCUCCAUUUGUACGGUACCAGUGUAGAAAGCAUCGAUUAUACAUACACCAGCUCCAAUCUCUCAGGGGUUGACCGGUCAGAUACCCCAGCCGCCAUGUCUAGUUCAGGUCGACGAGGCUCGCAUUCAGCAGCCAAGUCAUCGAAGCAGAGUCGUCAGAGGUCCAAGUCUGGCACGCUAGGCACAAGAACCAAAGCUGGAAGUCGCAAUGGCAGCAGACAGCAGAGCCCUGAAGGUGGGAACGGCCUCUACUCGCCGAGGGGAAGGAGUUCGACGCACAAAGAGAAGAGCGGACAUCGAUCGCCCUCCUCUCCACGCCCAAUGAUUCCGUCCGAAGAGGAUCGGCAGAGCCGCUUCGACAAGGGUUCAGCCCUACGCCUCGUAUCCCAAGACCGUCACCUUUUCCCGCGAAGUUCUAGCCGCCACACUCAUCGAAGCACAAGUGCUGUGAGAGAUUCUUCUCCUGAUCGACGGCGGCGCCGCGCUCGUUCUCGAAGCCGACAGGCCGAAGAGUCUGCCGUUAUAUCCCAGCCAACCAGGAGCGAGAAAUCCAAGGGACGCCGGCGGCCUAGUGACGCAGCCUAUAGCGCUCACCCUGACGAUCCUGAGGAGAAGUUUCCAGAGAACUUCGACGAAUUUCGCCCUGCCAGCCAGCCUCAGGGGAGCAGCAGAAUGCGAAAAGAGGCUGCAGCGGAAAGGCUAGAAGCCCGUCGCAGAUCCUUGACUCGACGACCUUCUGUUCCAAGCAUCCCGCAUCCUGGGGACGUGACAUCGCAUGUAAAAUCACAUUCAACCAGUAACAUCCCGCCGAUGGUACCAGCAUCUAGCGAUGACGAUCCGGUGCCCAGCAGGCAAGCGGUUCCAUCGUUGAUCACUAAUAUGGCGAACUUUGGGGUUCUGGGGAGCCCAACCCCGACCUCUGGAGGAUACCAUCUUGCAGAUGAAACUCCUAUUGCGAAGCCUCAAGGCACAGAGUUUCUGACCAGUGAAGUCUACCGGCCCCCAACUCGAGGUGACGAAACGGAAACCACAAAUAGCAGCAUUUCUCGACCGGGUUCGGCACGGGCUCCUCCAUCCAUGGACUUCCUCUCGUCAAUCCCGAAACACCCAGCCUACGACACACGUAUCGCUGGAAGUCGCUCGAACAGUAAAGGCCCCGAGGGGCGAGCAUCAUCAAGGACACGAACAACAUCUCGCGAUCGCGCGACACGCAAGUCACCAAACCCAGGGGAGCACUCACGUGAACUGUCGCACAUCAGUGUCGGCACCGCCAGUCUCAACGAAACCAUGUCCUCCCCUGAAAUUGUCUAUGCCAGUUCACCUCCUCAGCAUCAUCCGCCCAUCCUCCCCGAGUUGCAACAUUUGGCCAUGCCGCCCGUCCCUCCUCCUCCACCACCACCACCGCCGCCGCCUCCGCCACCUCCGCCACACUCUGCAAAACCGUUAGCCUUCUCUCCUCCAGCCCCUUUGUCGACCCUUCGCCAUUAUGACAACAACCCGGAUGCCGAGAACGUGCCGCUCCCCAUGUCGGCGAUACCUGCUCAAGCCACGUUCGCGGACCCUCUGCCGAGUGCAGCGUUGGCAUCAGCACCGUUGCUCGGCGCUCAUCGCCGGGCCCGAAGUGGCAACGAGGCCAGUCUCGGCGCCAACAACGCAGCCAGCGGCGCAAACUCCAGCAACGCUACGUCGCAGCUAUUUUCCAAACUGCGCAAUUUCGGCCGCGCCCGCAGUCCAAGCCGUGGACGAAGGUAUGAUGACAAUCAAGCCAUGAGUCCGAGAAUCGGUGAUGGCCAUCCUCAGCCCUACGAGAGUCUUACGGCGGGAACACCGGGCGUUGGACGCAGCAGCGCCAGGAGGGGAGAUGACAACGCAGCGAUGAGCCCCAGAGUACCUGAUGGCAAUGUCGGCCCUUAUGAGAGCCUGGCCUCAGCGAUGAACAUGGGUCGAGGCGUCGAGAUCAAUUGAGUGGCUAAUCGUUGAAUACAAGAUGCUGGGCAUUCGACAAUAUGAGUUCACUUGGGGUGCUACGAUUUGUGCUGCGGCGACCUGUUCAACAAACAAGGCCCGAGUCUGGAUCGGAACCUACUUUCGAGCCUGGAAAGUGGGAAACAGAAAUGUCACUAACAGACAGGAUGUAAGGAAAGGAGAGGAGGGAGAAAGGAAGGACAAUUGGGUGUGAAAAGAGGUAAAAGGAUCAAUCUAGAUUUGAAUACAUCAACCUAGGCUCGCAAGAGUCCGACGCGCAGCCCGGUCUCAUGCUGUCAAAGCUCCGACACUGAGCUUUCCUACUUUUGAUUCUUUACGGUCCUUUGAAUGAUGCCGACGGCAGUGAUGAUGGCAGAUUUGUAAUUAUGAAGGUACGAGAUGUGAAAAUGGUGAGCUCUGCUGGUCGGUCCUUCUUCUCGGAAUGUGGGUGAUUGUGGUCGUGAGUGAUUACGAGGAGAACGCAGAGGGUGACGUGGAGAAUAUUUGAGUAAUUGAUGUUGUGAUGAGCAGAGUAGAGAAUACCCGUAUGGGUAUGUCGAUAG